AUAACAGCAGUGUGCCUGGCAGGUGUCGACAACAUUGAGCAGGCACAAUGGACUAAUGUAUCUUGGAAGAAGGAACUUCAGAAUAAUCAGUAAAUUAAUGGCGAGAUCAGAUUGCCAACCUGCCUGUAUUUCUCAGUGAUGACAAAGUUAUGGGUGUUGAAUGUGAUCACAAGAGUGGUUUGAUAAACCGGAAAGUGCGACGCUGUGACUGAGAAGCGCUUCUCCAGAUGGAGACGGAUCUGCAGCUGGAGUCUACUGUGUGGGUCGGGAGUAAAAUAUACCGGGCAGUCCUGACAGGCUGGCAAUUCAACUGGACCGAGCUAGACAAGAAGAAUCGCGACAAGAAAACAAUUUCAGUGCCUGUGGCUGAGGUGGUUGGAGUGGAGGAGGGUCGGGUGGAGAUCCUGCCCCAGAAGUCAAUCGAGGACACAGACAAAGUCUUUACAGUUUUCUACGUGAAGCGCAGCAGCACUGGGAGCUCUUAUGGGUUACUAUGGACACUGGGCCGAACCCAGUUCAGCGUCCCCAGUCGGGUGCUCAGAGACCAGUGGACCAAACACCUUAGAGCUGCUCUCAAAACUCACAGUCCAGUGAGGCCUAACAGGCUGUUAGUGUUUAUCAACCCAUAUGGCGGGAAGAAGAAAGGAAGAAAGAUCUACCACUCUCUGGUUGCCCCUCUGUUUGAGCUUGCUGGCAUCAGCUGUCAUGUUAUUGUGACAGAGCGGGCAAACCAGGCCAGAGACCAUCUCCUGAAGAAAGACCUGACAGGCUUUGAUGGUGUGGUGUGUGUGGGUGGGGAUGGCAUGUUCAGCGAAAUACUCCACGGUUUGAUUGGGCGGACACAACAAGAGGCAGGCCUUUGUGAGAAUGAUCUCACUGUCACUUUACAGCCCUGUCAGCGGCAUAUUGGCAUCAUCCCUGCAGGCUCUACAGACUGUGUGUGUUAUGCCACAGUGGGAGUGAUUGACCCUGUUACUUCAGCUCUGCACAUCAUCAUUGGAGACUCUCAGCCUUUGGAUGUGUGUUCGGUCCACCAGGCGUCAGGUCUGGUGCGUUACUCUGUCUCUCUGUUGGGCUAUGGCUUCUAUGGGGACGUACUGGCUGAGAGUGAAAAACACCGCUGGAUGGGACCUCUGCGAUAUGACUAUUCAGGCACAAUGGUGUACCUGAGCAACAGAAGCUAUGCAGGCAUAGUUCAGUAUCUGCCAGCAGACCCGCUGCUCUCCAGCCCCAGAGACAGAACACGCUGCCUCUCAGGGUGCAGUGUGUGUUCCAGAAGCACAGAAAGACUUUUUCCCCACUCUUCAGACGCUGGCUCCUUAUACAGCUCCCACUACAGCCAGUUCAGUAGUGACUUAGAAGGUGAGUGGGUGACUGUGGAGGGCAGGUUCAGGUGUGUGUCUCUCACUUGCAUGUCCAGCUCGUGUCCCAAGAGUCCUCUGGGCCUCUCUCCCUCGGCUCACCUGGCGGACGGCACCGGGGACCUCAUCCUGGUGUGGGACACUCACCCUCUGGGAUUCCUCAAGUUUCUCUACAGGCACACAAGCACAGAGGAUCAGUUUGACCUGCCGUUUGUGGAGGUCCACCGUGUGAAAGCCGUCCGUUUCUCUCUCCCCCCCGGCAAAGAGGAGGAAGAGAUUGGAGAGUCGAGUGGUGGGAUGGAUGAAGAGGAGAGAGGCUAUAUUGAGACUGUUAGUAGGUCUGGAUCUCAGCAGCAUCUGACAGACAGAGGCCCGGGUAGAGAAAUGACCAACCUGCAGAAAACAGGAAACCCCUUCCUGUGCUGCAGCAAAGCUCCUGCUGUGUCCGUGUGGAACUGUGACGGAGAGAUACUGCCUUCCACCGAGAUCCUCAGCAGGGUUCAUGGCCAGCUGGUGCGUCUGUAUGCGAGAGGCAUCGAGGACGGAGCCGCCGUGCACUGCAGCGAAGAUAUUGAAAGGGGAUGCACACUUCAAAUAUAACCUCACUUGCAUUUGGGAAGAUGACAAUGGGAAUGUUUUUAAAGCUAAGCUAUUUUGUGAACUGAGACAGCCUUCAGUCUGUCAUGGUCAAAGAGUUCCUAAUAUUUCAGCUUACCUCACAUGUUUUCUCUUCGCAAAAAUAAAAAAGAACUAUUUAUUCUUUUAUGAGUGUUUGUUAGUUGAAUACUAAAAAUGAAAGCACUAUUUAAAGACAUGAUACAAAUAUCUGAGUUCACGUUCCCAUGGCAUGUACAGUGUUGUUGUACUAGCCGGCAAAUAUUAUUUAUUUUACGAGCUUCCAUAGAAUAAAAACACAAUUAUAAAGAAUGA